AGCAUGGAAUAGGCAGCUGCUGCCAUGGACCGUGUCACCUCAACAAUUUAAAACAUACAUUUGUACUCAGUCUAAAUAGAGGUUCCCUGUUGACGUUUGUUUGUUUUCUUUGCAACGUAAUCUAUAAAACUAGAAUAGGGGGUUUGUAAGUGGAUACUGCUGUAAAUCGAUCACAGUGGGACUUUAUCUGUGGGGUUGUAGCCCUGGAAUCCUUGGCUCCCAGAACCGGAUUGUAACGGCCACUGACAGAAGUUCUCCAGAGUGGAUGCUGCUGGUUGCAGAUGAUUUAUAUAUCCACACACACCUGAAAAACCCAUCCAUCAUCAAGAAUUCUGCACAGAUAUCACUGCCAGAAUCCUGAACUAAUUGCGGUGCAUGUUUUACCUCAUGUGAUCACUGAAGCAUUUUCAUUUGGAAUUCCAAUAAAAGGAACAGGCGUUUCGUGACACAGAUUGCACCGGUCACAUCCUGAAGAUGUCAAGGCAGCUCAUCGAGGAGGGGCAGGAGGACCCAGCGGAAUACUGCAGCGGAGGUUACCAUCCAGUGAAAUUAGGGGACAUUUUUAACGGAAGAUACCAAGUAAUGAGGAAGUUGGGAUGGGGCUUUUACUCCACGGUGUGGCUUUGUUGGGAUGUGCUAAAAAAUAAAUAUGUGGCAGUGAAGGUGGCGAAGAGUGGAAGAGGGUUCACCGAGGCUGCCCAUGAUGAGAUCAGGCUUCUCAGAUGUGUGAGUUGGAAAAGCUCAAAGGAUCCAGACAAGGAGCGAAUUGUCCAGCUAUUAGAUGACUUUAUGAUAGUUGGUCUGAAUGGUGUUCAUGUGUGCCUGGUCAUUGAACUGCUGGGUAACCACCUUUAUCACUGGAUUAUUAAAUCCAAUUGGCAAGGACUACCCAUGCCUUGUGUCAAAAGGAUCAUUCGACAGGUUCUCCAAGGGCUGAACUAUCUGCAUACAAAGUGCAAGAUUCUGCACAUGGAUAUCAAGCCAGAUAACAUUCUACUAUGUGUCAACCAGCAAUAUCUCAAUCGAUUAGCUGUUUCCAUGCAGCAGGGACCAGGCGAUGGAACACUAAGUCCAACAGGGGAAAUGAACACUGACCAAUCACUCCCGAACCCUUUGGAUCCUAAAUAUGCUGAAGAAAUAAGCGUAAAGAUCGCAGACCUAGGAAGUGGCUGCUGGACGUUCAAGCACGUCACUGAAGAGAUCCAGACGAGACCAUACCGAGCACUGGAGACCAUCCUUGGAGCUGGUUAUGGGCCUCCGGCGGACAUAUGGAGCACAGCCUGUAUGGCACUUGAGUUGGCGACAGGUGAAUACCUGUUUGACCCUCGACCCGGAAAGACCUUCUCCCAAGAUGAGGACCACAUUGCACAUAUUAUUGAGCUGCUCGGGAGAAUCCCUUUGAAGUGUGCACUAUCUGGAAAGUAUUCCAAAGAUUUCUUCAACCCACAAGGUGAACUACGUCACAUCAAGACACUACGACCUUGGGGUCUUUAUGAUGUUCUCAUUGAGAAAUAUGACUUCCCGUUGAAUGAAGCAGCUAUUUUUUCAGACUUCCUUCAACAAAUGCUUAGCUUUGCGCCAGAGAAACGAGCAACUGCCGAACAAUGUCUCCAACACCCUUGGCUGAACAAUGAGAUCUACAACGACUGCUUCAGUUAGAUUUCUAUUAUCCAUUACAAUACAUUGUAGUGGAUAAUGGUGAUUGCAAGAGUCCCGGAAUUUGGCUUGAUGUGUUCUGUUCCGAAAUAUUUAAGGCAAUGAAAUAAAAUCAAAUACGAGAAAUGCAAAAUCAAAAUCAAAUAUACAUGUGAAAUUUUUGCAAAAGAUA